CCUGCACGGACGGCGAGCGACGCUGGGCGGCAGGCGGGCGAGAACGGAGGUGAGCCGGGCAGAGAGUAUGUCAUUCCAUCCUUGGCGCACAGAUUUAUGGCAGAGAUGGUGGAUUUCUUUAUUCUCUUCUUUAUAAAAGCGACCAUUGUCUUGAGCAUCAUGCACCUCAGUGGGAUAAAGGACAUCUCUAAGUUUGCCAUGCACUAUAUAAUAGAAGAAAUCGAUGAAGACACAUCAAUGGAAGACUUGCAGAAAAUGAUGAUUGUGGCACUUAUAUACAGGUUGUUAGUUUGUUUCUAUGAGAUAAUUUGCAUAUGGGGAGCAGGGGGAGCUACUCCAGGAAAGUUCCUGCUAGGGCUUCGAGUUGUGACCUGUGAUACAUCAGUACUCAUUGCUCCAAGUCGGGUUUUAGUGAUUCCUUCCUCAAAUGUUAGCAUCACAACGUCCACCAUACGAGCUUUGAUCAAGAAUUUUUCUAUUGCUUCUUUUUUCCCUGCUUUCAUCACACUACUGUUUUUUCAGCAUAAUCGAACAGCCUAUGACAUUGUAGCAGGAACCAUUGUGGUAAAAAGAAAUGGAGUCAGAUGAUGCCCCAGAGCCCAGAAUUCCACUCUUUGGAAUAAUAAUGACAAGUCUAAAUUAUGUAUUAAGGCCAUCAGUAUCUCUAGGUUACAUUAAUUGAUGAUUUUAAAACUUAGAGCAGUCACUACAGUGUGAUGCAAGAGACUGUUCUGAAAGUGUUGACUCUACUUAAAUGUCCAGGAACUUUCCAGAAGGAAAACCUAUUAAAUUCAAGUGUUAAAUAUUUGUAGGGUAACAAAGCAAAUGGUUUUAAUCAAUAUAGACAAAUACAUACUUUAACAUUUAAGAUAACCAAAAUUUGCUGGAAGGAUUUUCAGCUUUAAAUUCUCCAUUUUCUUUUGGCUUAUCCUGGAGUGAAAAUGUCCAGUUGUGUUUUAUAAACACCUACAUAACUCCCACAACUCUUCUUUGGGAAGUUGCUUUGUGUGGGCAUUGAGAAAGACCAUCAACUCAACAUCCCACUGGUUCCAUGGCAGGUAUUGGAGAAAAGGGCUAGUGAGGAAGCCCUACCAGUCUCUCACGUCAUGCUUCCAUGAUGUUCUAGAAUUCACUGCAGUAGUGGUGGGAUUUUACAGCUUCUUACUGCUUAUGUAUUUGGAGGCAAGAACUUUUAUGAUAAUGAAAAUAUAUUGUCAUAUCAUUGAUUGAUAUUUAAAAAAAAAGGUAAGUUAGUGAUUGCCUUCUGUGAGGGUAGAGCGGGGAUAGGGAUGUGAUUUUUCAAUGUAAAUUCAGCUUAGAAUUCAUGUGCCCUAACAUCCAACUAUAAAUAGGGGGGAGGGGGAAACAUUCAUCAAACAUUCCCAGUGUUUGUGCUCCAGUGUUCUAAAUGUACCUGUAGAUUCUAUUUCUGUACAAGCAAAUUCCUAACUAUAUUCUGUACAGUUCCAUGACUGUCAAAACAUCAAGGUAUUAAAAGAGUUCCAGUAUUUUGUAAUAACUCUAAAUACUAGCAGCCUGUGAAAUAUUAGUUUUCCCAUAAAUUGUUCUCUCUAAUGCAAGAUAGAAUAUCAUCUCUGGACAUUAUUCUAGCAUCUUUAAGCUCAUUUUGAGCCUGCUAGAGAUGAAAUUUGGGGAAAAAUAUUAAAGCAAACUUUUGUGUAUAGUCAUUGUACUUUGUUGUGUUGGUCUAACAGUAUCAGGUUUAUGUCUGUGUGCUUUUGUUGUGUCCCAGUUAGCUAGCUGUACCGAAAUGUGCCCACACUGUUUGUAGUUUAAACUUUAUUCUUACUCAUUCUUCUAUGUGAUCUCAAGAAACACUAAAUUGUAUUGUAUAAGAGGUCAAUCUUUGUUCCUUGGUUUUAAAUAGCAAGAAUAAGCCAUGUCUUAUAUUAUUGUAUCAACUUUCAGUGGGCUUUUCUUUGACAUUUAAAACUGAAAAUGCAUCUACUGUCUACAGACACUUUAAGAAUCUAAUAGCUUAUUGUAAAAGUUCAUAAACCAUGAUUUCUAAAGAUAAUUUUACAUUAAAUCCAGAAAACCUAUUACUUGUUAAGAGCAGCACAUAGAGAGGACUUGCUUGUGGCUCUGGCAAGACCUGAUGGCUCUUCAAACUCUUACACUACAGAUCAGGAAAUUGGUAUGGACACUACUUUUGCCACUGAUGAGGGAAUUCAAGAUGAAAUGUGCUUCAUCCACCCAGCUCUAGAUUAUUGUAGUUUUCACUGAGAAUAUUUUUAUUUGUGCAGUAAAAUAAACAAGUAGUAGUCCAAUUUCUUAGUUUAAAUACUGCAAUUUGCUCUGGGCAAGUUUAGAUCCAGCUGUGGAUUCAAGUUGUGCCAUACAGGUGGUAAGAUAAAAGUAUUGCUUUGCCUCUACAAUAAAACCUCAAACUAAGUUCCCUUUGGGGAAGAAAUCUCAAGAGUUGAAAUAAAAAGGAGAAAAGGGGAACCUGGCAUAUUUGUUCUUCAUAGGGUUGUAAAGUGUAAAAGGGCAGAAAUAAAGAUGUAAAAGUUGAAACCUUAGGAUUGGAGUCUUGUUGAUGCAUUACCAUUCAAUCCAGACAACAGGGAAGAGAUUUUAUUUUAGGCAGUGAGAAAGUCUAAGCCAUCACUGGCAAGAUCUUGUUCCAUCUUCUAGGUAGGAAACAGUGUGAUGACUAUGGCCAUAAACACAUGUCACUUGACAGUAGUCUAAAGCAUUGCCCAACUCCUUUUCUAGCACUGGCUUAAUUCUCCCUACUUCUCCAAGGAGAUCCUAAAAGUUUUAACUUUAAAAGAACUUGUUCACAUCAGUGAUUUUAGUGUUUCACUUACACAACUGUUUCUGGCAAAGGGAAAGAGUUGAAAUUUUAUAUUUGCUAUUUGGAGGGUGGGACAAUUAAAGUUUUCAUUGUUUGAGGACAAUGCCUAAAUUAACAGUAUUCAUAAACUCCAACAAGUACUGUUUCAGCUUCUUUACUCACAUAACCAAAGGCCAAAGUCCUUACUCAUGCCUGGGUGAAGUUCCUCAUUUCAGCUGGUAUGUGCAGAUUUCCUUGUGGUUCACUUUAGAAAGGCUUCCCUUGCAAACAGUAUCUAAUGACUCACCUAUAAACAAAACUCACCAUUCUAUUUUUAAUAUUUGUAUGUCACCAAUUUGUAUUUUUGUCUCAAUAAAUAUGUCAACAGUG